GGGUCUCCUUUCGUCCCCCCGUUUUCUCCCUCUCUCUCUCUCUCUCCUCCCUCCUCUUCGAUGGAGAUUUGAGAGAAUCUCGUCGGAAAUUAGGUAUUUAAUCCAAAAAAAAAAAUGGCGUCUUUCGCCGUUUUAGACUCGUUUUUGGCCUCGGCAAGUAGAUUCUGCUGCAGUCCCUUGGCGAUCUUCGUCCAGAUCCAGGGAUGUUUUAUCUGUUUAACUCUUGCUCUCGGAUGGAGCUUAGCUGCAUAUGUCAGGAAUCAAGAAAGAAGGAAAAUAGAGCGUAAUAUCAAAGGUGGAAACUGUUUUGCAUUUCUUUGUGAUGAUAUAAAUGACCUCGAGCAUUCUGCUCAGCUGAAUUUACCUAGAGUAUCAGUUAUCAUGCCCUUGAAGGGCUUUGGAGAACAUAAUUUGCACAAUUGGAGAACACAGAUAACUUCUCUCUAUGGAGGGCCUUUGGAGUUUCUAUUUGUUGUUGAAAGCAACGAGGAUCCCGCAUACUUUGCUGUAUCUAAGCUGCUUGCAGAGUUUAAGGACAGUGUCGAUGCAAAGAUAAUUGUAGCUGGGUUGUCCACAACAUGCAGUCAAAAGAUCCAUAAUCAGUUAGUUGGUGUAGAGAAGAUGCAUAAAGAAAGCAAGUAUGUCUUGUUUCUGGAUGACGAUGUUAGGCUGCAUCCUGGGUCAAUUGGGGCUCUUACUGUUGAAAUGGAAAAGAACCCCAAGAUAUUUAUUCAGACUGGAUAUCCACUUGAUUUACCUUCUGGAAGCUUGGGCAGUUACUGUAUAUAUGAAUAUCAUAUGCCCUGUUCAAUGGGAUUUGCAACUGGUGGAAGGACAUUCUUUCUAUGGGGAGGCUGCAUGAUGAUGCAUGCAGAUGAUUUCAGAAAAGACUUGUAUGGUAUUGUCACUGGACUUCGAGAUGGCGGAUAUUCAGAUGAUAUGACUCUUGCAGCAAUAUCUGGGGACCAAAAGAGACUAAUAACUUCACCGCCUGUUGCUGUCUUUCCUCAUCCCCUUGCAAGUGAUCUCAGCUUUUCGAGAUAUUGGAAUUACCUCAGGAAGCAAACAUUUGUUCUGGAAUCAUACAUUUCAACUGUUAACUGGAUUAUGAACCGUGCAUUAUUCUCUGUGCAUUGUUACUUAUCCUGGGGGUUUUGUUUACCAUACUUUAUGGCAACGGUACAUCUUGCAACAGCAGUAAGAGCACAGUAUAGUGAGUAUCUACUGAAGGAAAUAGGCACCUUAUCAUGUGGUUUGAGAUUAGUGGGCUGCUUGGCUGCAUGCGCUCUUAUAGAACUACUUUCCAUGUGGAAUUUGACGAAGGUGGAGAUUCACUUGUGCAAUAUUUUAUCUCCAGAAUGGCCGCAAAUCUCGCUUCGUUCAUAUAACUGGGGACUUGUCUUUAUUGCGAUGCUAGUGGACAAUUUCCUAUACCCAAUUUCUGCAGUAAGAUCGCAUUUUUCACAAAGUAUCAACUGGUCUGGUGUCCGAUACCAUCUGAGAGAUGGAAAAAUAAUCAAGAUUGAAAGAUCCAAGGAGCGGGGAACGAAAUAUUCUGAUCUUGCACGAAAGCGCCUGUACGCAAAAAAACCUAAAGUUUCAUUGCUCAGCUCCUUCUCUAGAAAUUUCUCGCUGUGGCAUCAACCAAAGGAAGUGUGACAACUAGUAGCUUGUAUUAGUUGCAAAUAACACUCUCAUUCUUGAUUGCAUUCUUGGCAUUGCUUUGUAUUCAUUGACCUUUCAUCCCUUUUUGGGGUUUAUACAGGGGUCACAUUCAAUCAAAUUGAAUUUUUUUGGCC